UUUUUUUCUUCUUCGGAGUGUGGAGACCCUUGGCCAGCAAGGCCUGAGAAGUCAGCAUGGCAAAGAUCUGCACAGACCAGUCCUACCCGGCACCGACCAGGCAACAGCCACUUCUCGGCACGUCCGAUGAUGACCUGGACUCCAUCGAGAACGGAACCUCCCGGGCCAACUCAGAGUGUGAAGACACAUUGUCAGAGGUUCAGGGUGCUGUGUCUGUGUUAACCAGCAGACACACAGAGUCUCACAGAGAUUCCUUUACAGGGUCAGGAGCCCUGGCCAGGCUCUCUCACUUCCUGUUCAUGCUGCGGACCUGGGCCUCUCACAAGAUGCACCAUGAGGUGGAGAGACCGGACUCCUUUCUGGAACGCUUCAGGGGUCCUGAGCUCAAAGAGGCCUCCAGCAGAGAGAGCAACGCACAGUCACUGGGAUACCCCGACAGAGUCCGCAAGAGGAAACCUCGUAAGAAAGAGAUUUGGAUCAUGGACCCAUCAGCAGACAGAUACUACAGAUGGCUAACCAUCAUCGCAGCACCAUGCUUCUACAACCUGAUGAUGCUAGUGACCAGGGCAUGUUUUAAUGAACUCCAGAGCACGUACAUAACUCUGUGGAUUGUCCUGGACUACACCUCAGACUUAAUCUACUACACAGACACAUUCGUCAGGUCUAGAACAGGUUUUCUGGAACAGGGACUGCUUGUGAAAGACGACAAGAAGCUUAGAGACAAAUACAAAUCAAUGCCACAGUUCAAAUGGGACAUGAUUUCAAUGAUACCCACAGACCUGCUGUUUCUGAAAGUGGGUUUAAACUACCCCGAGCUCCGACUGAACCGACUCGCAAAGAUGAACCGUCUCUUUGAGUUCUUCGACCGCACUGAGACCAGAACCAGCUUCCCCAACGUUUUCCGAAUCAGCAAUCUGGUACUUUACAUCCUGAUCAUCAUCCACUGGAACGCCUGCAUCUUCUUCGCCAUCUCCAAGACCAUCGGGUUCGGGUCCGACACCUGGGUGUACCCAAACAUCAGUCAUCCUGAGCACGGCCGCCUUGCCAGGAAGUACAUCUACUGUCUCUAUUGGUCGACCCUGACCCUGACCACCAUCGGAGAAACCCCGCCACCAGUUAGAGACUUCGAGUACCUCUUUGUGGUCGUCGACUUCCUCAUCGGUGUGCUGAUUUUCGCCACCAUCGUUGGUAACGUUGGUGCCAUGAUCUCAAACAUGAACAAAACCCGUGCGGAAUUCCAGGCUAAGAUCGACUCCAUCAAGCAAUACAUGCAGUUCCGUAAGGUCUCCAAGGAUCUGGAGGUCAGGGUCAUCAAGUGGUUCGACUACCUCUGGACGGAGAAGAAGACCUGCGAUGAGAAGGAGGUGUUGAAGAACCUGCCGGACAAGCUGAAGGCCGAGAUCGCCAUCAACGUCCACCUGGACACCCUGAAGAAGGUGUGUAUCUUCCAGGACUGUGAGGCUGGUCUUCUGAUUGAGUUGGUGCUGAAGCUGCAGCCUCAGGUGUUCUCCCCAGGAGAUUACAUCUGUAAGAAGGGAGACAUCGGCAGAGAGAUGUACAUCAUUAAGGAAGGGAAGCUGGCUGUGGUGGCAGACGACGGGGUGACACAGUUCGUGGUGCUCAGCGAUGGCGCGUACUUCGGAGAGAUCAGUAUCCUGGGCAUCAAGGGAUCCAAGGCUGGCAACAGGAGAACGGCCAACAUCAGGAGCAUAGGUUACUCUGACCUCUUCGCCCUGUCGAAAGACGAUCUCAUGGAGUCCCUCACUGAGUACCCCGACGCCAAGAAGGCUCUGGAAGAAAAGGGAAAGGCUAUGCUGAUGAAAGACAACAUGAUCGAUGACGACGUCGCUAACGCGGGCGCCGACCCUAAGGACAUGGAGGAAAAGAUCCAAAGGUUGGAGAGUAAUAUUGAAAUCAUCAAGACUAAGUUGGCCAAGAUCAUGGCUGAGUUCACAUCCAGCCAGAACAAGAUCAAACAGAGGAUCACCAACAUGGAGUCAACAGUCAAGUCAGUCCGGCCCGAGGAUAUAUCUGAGGUGGUGGCCGACAACAAGACACAUUAGUCCCACAAUGCAAUGUAUUUACCCAGAGACUUUUUCUAUUGAACCUUUAUAUUGACAGGGAGCCAUUCCGAGAUCAAUGA